AUGGGUUCACAAGGGCAUAGGAACUUAGAGAUUGGGGGGGCCACGAAGGACAUGAUGAGCAGCAAGGAGCAGAAACCUACAGGCUUGACUGCUCAGAUCAUAUCGUCUUCUUUGUUGAGAAUUAAGUCUGAUCCAAUGCUUGUGUCAAAGGUUCGGUUUGGAAUGCUCAGACAAGUCCUCACCAAUCUUCAAGAGGUGAUCCUUGGAACAAAGCUUUUUGUCUUGUUUCCGGCCAUCCCUUUGGCAAUAGUGGCCGAUUAUUACAAUUUUGGAAGAGCAUGGAUUUUUGCUCUGAGUUUACUGGGGCUCACCCCACUUGCUGAACGAGUUAGUUUUUUAACCGAACAAAUUGCGUAUUUCACCGGUUCAACGGUUGGGGGACUACUUAAUGCAACAUGUGGUAAUGCAACUGAGCUCAUAAUAGCAAUUUUUGCUCUUCGUCAAAACAAAAUUAGUGUGGUGAAGAACUCUCUCCUGGGUUCCAUUCUUUCCAACCUUCUUCUUGUUCUUGGGACCUCUCUACUCUUUGGAGGAUUAGCCAACCUGAACAAGGAACAAAAGUUUGACAGGAAGCAGGCUGACGUGAACUUGCUCCUUCUAUUGCUGGGAUUGCUUUGCCAUGUGCUGCCAUUGGUGUUCGGAUAUGCCGUAAAGCCUGACAGUACCACAGCCGAUUCAGUACUUGAGUUGUCAAGAGCAAGCAGCAUCCUUAUGCUUGUAACAUAUUGCGCAUAUCUCUUCUUUCAAUUAAAGUCCCAUCGGCAAUUGUUUGAAUCAGAAGAGGAAAGUGAAGAUGGUGACAAUGAAAUAUCUCAAGAGAAGGCUGUGAUAGGAUUUUGA